CGCGUGUCCGGAGUUUGAAUUUGAAGCCGAAGGCGUUGGAACUUGAACUUGGAACAUACCAACCAUGCUUGGAACGUACGCGUAAACCAUGACCUGGCCAGACCCGGUGCUCCGCCAAUUUCAAUCCGUUCCACCUACUCCUGCCGAAAACGAUUUUCAUGGGUCCUACAACAAGCUCCUCUAUUGCCUUUUCCCAUUUGAUAGUCCCUACACCGUUGUCCCGCAGUAUUUGAAACCUGGCUCUCGGGACUCAUCUGGCUGGAUAAUGACGUUCGAAAUAGUCUUCGACAACCGGCCCGUGUUCAUCUUGGAACUGAAAAAUCCGGAGGCUUUAAAAUUUGUUUCAUCGCGUGGAGAGGCUGACGACCAAAUCAGGCGGAGAAUUAGUGAUUUACGUCCCUAUUGCCCCAUAUCAACGUUGCACGCAGUUAGCGCUAUUGGGACACGACUUUGCUUUUAUCAACUGGACACCGCAGACGAGGAGGCGGAGAUCAAGCCACUUGCCAUUCCUCGGCAUCCUACGAGGGUAAACGACACUGCACCAGAGAAGAGGUGGAACUGUGAUGUCCUAGAUGCCGAAGGAGAGAAAAGGUUUCGUAGCAUUGUUGAAGAGAUAAAGGAGGAAUGUGCAAAGCUGUUGUGAUUUGCUCAACGGUCGUGUUUAUUGUAUAUUAGCUUGAGACAUCGCGACACUUUUCCAAUGCAGUAUAAUUGCUAACUCGC